AUGGACUAUGUUUCAUUUUUGAUUGUCUCGGUGGGGAAACAACAACAACCUCCGCCACCACCUCCCCCAUUGAACGGCGGUUUACCAGGUGCAUCAGCGGUUGCUAACAGUAAUCAAACCACUGGAAAUGGCAGUGCCACACAAAAUGUUCUUGAAGAAACUACUGCAGCAACCUGGUUAGCCAUUGGUCUGCUUGCUGAAUCAUUAGGUGAUGUCGAUCGCGCCUUGACAUCCUAUGAUUCUGCCCUUCGACACGCACCUAAUAACCCAGAAAUCUUGAUCAAAUUAGGUAACAUCUACCGUUCCAAGGAUGUUUUCUUUAAGGCUGCUGAAUUGUAUGAACAAGCUCUUAACUUUAAUCCAGAAAACGGUGAUACCUGGGGUUUAUUGGGUCAUUGUUACUUGAUGCUUGAUGACUUACAACGUGCCUACGCCGCGUAUCAAAGGGCAUUAUACUAUUUGGAAAAUCCUAAUGUUCCUAAGCUUUGGCAUGGAAUUGGGAUCUUGUAUGAUCGUUAUGGAAGUUUAGAAUACGCUGAAGAAGCAUUUGUAAGAGUAUUAGAAUUGGACCCUCAUUUUGACAAAUCAAAUGAAAUCUACUUUAGAUUGGGAAUUAUUUACAAACACCAAGGUAAAUUGCAAUCAGCAUUAGAGUGUUUCCAAUAUAUCUUGUCAACUCCACCUCAUCCAUUAACACAACCUGAUGUUUGGUUCCAAAUUGGAUCUGUUUUAGAACAACAAAAGGAUUGGAAUGGUGCCAAGGAAGCUUAUGAAAAGGUGUUACAGGUCAACCCUCAACAUGCAAAAGUCUUACAACAAUUGGGUUGUUUAUAUUCUCAAGCGGAAUCAAAUCCUUCCACUCCAAACACUUCAGGUCAAGGACAACCACUUCAACAAGAUUUGAAUAUUGCCCUCAAGUACUUGACCAAAUCUUUAGAAAUUGAUCAAAAUGAUGCCCAUUCUUGGUAUUACCUUGGGCGUGUCCAUAUGAUUCGUGGUGAUUUCAAUGCAGCAUAUGAAGCCUUCCAACAAGCUGUCAAUAGAGAUUCAAGAAAUCCAACCUUUUGGUGUUCCAUUGGGGUGCUCUACUAUCAAAUUUCCCAGUAUAGGGAUGCUUUAGAUGCUUAUACUAGAGCAAUUAGAUUGAAUCCUUAUAUCAGUGAAGUUUGGUAUGAUUUAGGUACAUUAUAUGAAACCUGUAAUAAUCAAAUCAGUGAUGCCUUGGAUGCAUACAGACAAGCUGAAAGAUUAGAUCCAGGAAAUCCUCAUAUUAAAGCCAGAUUAGAUCAAUUGAUAAAAUAUCAACAGGAAGGAAAUACUCAUCCUCCACAACCUCCUCCAGUUAGUCAACAACCAAGAUUACCUCAAGGAAUGGUUCUUGAACAAACUGGUCAACAACAAUCAGGUCAACCAGGCCAACCGGGACAACCACAACAACCCGGACAACAAAUCCCAGUUCAAGUUCAACAACAAGCUCAACAACCACAGCCUCCUCACUUGAUGGCUUCAAGUCAACAAUUACCACCCCCUCCACCUCCACAACAACAACAGCAACAACAACAAGUUUCCCAACAACCACAACAACUGACCCCACCACAACUUCUGCAGUUGGCCAUUAAUAAACCAGGACAACCAGCUGCCGCACAACAACAGCAGCAACAACAACAACAACAAGUUGCUGUCCCAGCACAAGCUCCUCCUCCAGUACAAGCCUCUGCUCCUGUUCCAUCAACUGCUGCUGUACAACAACAACAACAACAACAACAACAACAACAACAACAACAACAACAACAACAACAACAACCAGUUCCAGUAAUUAGGAAAACCUCUCCAGAAUCAACUGUGGAAGCCACUCCACAAGAUCCAAGUAAAGAAGUUACACCUACUGCUCCUGUCGCAGGAACAAAACAUGAUUUAGAAGACAAGAAUGAUGAUCGUGUUGUAAAACGUGGUAACCCUGGAAAUUCAUUGAGUUCAUUAAUGAAUGCCGUUGCACAGGCUGAAGCUGCUGAAACACCCGCACCUGCUGCUGCUACUACUACUUCUGCCGCUCCAACAGCACCAGAACCUGCGCCAGUAGAAGAAACCCCUGUCGUUGCUAAAGAAGAAGUUAAAGUCGAUCCACCGCAACAAGAACAACCUACACCAGCUCCUAUUCCUGCUGUUGAGCCAGCCUCGGUCUCAGCCCCAGAGCCUGAAGUUGCAGCUGCCCCUGCUGAACCGGUUAAACCAGAAGUUAAAGAAUCAACCCCUGAAGUGAAAUCAAACGGUGUUAGUACAGAAAAAGAUGGAUCAGCUACAACAGUGCCACUAUUUUCUGCUAAUGUAACUGGAAAAGCCCAAUCCGAAGAACCUGUUAAAGAGUCAUCAAAGAAUGAAGAAGAAGUAGAAGAACCAGUAAAGAGCAGUACAGUUGAACCUCCAAUGCGUGCUGUUGAAGAAGAUGAAAAUUACGAUGAUGAUUAA